GGAGGGAGCGAGGCAACACAUGCCCAACACAAUCAGGGAUGGGACCCACGUCUGCAGCUGCACCUGGACCUGCUGCUCGCCGGGAAGAAACAACCAGCAAGAAAAGAAGAAAUUGAAAAAGGGGGGAAGGAAGGAAGGCGCGUGGAGAAAGGAAAAGGGGGAGAGAGAACUCGCCAGCAUCCUCACUGAUCUACUCCUAAGAAGAAGAAUCCGAAGUCGCUGCUUGGCCAGUAGAGAAGGAGGAGGAGGAGGGAGAGCAAGGGCCAGGGUGGCAGGAUUUUCGGGAGAAGAAGGAAAAGAAGAAGAGGAGGAAAAGUGGAUGUAAAAAAGGGAAGAGAAGCGCGGGGCAGGGCCGGCCGGGUUGGGCUCCGCGCGGCCGUCUCCGCGGGAAGCCGAGCCCGGGGGAUUGUGUGCGCGCGCCUGCCCGCUUCCUGCGCCCAUGGAGUUACUUUGUCUCGAGUCCUGAGCGGAGGGGCGAGCAGGGCAAGGGAGAGAGGGAGGGGCAAGGCAGGGCAAGGGCAUGCGGCGCCCCCGGACCCCCCGCCCUCGCCGACGCCCCCUGGCCUAACACCGCUCCCCAGGAGGAAGAGGAGCCCCCCGCUUCCCGGACAAGAUGGAAGAGAAACGGCGAAAGUACUCGAUCAGCAGCGAUAACUCAGACACCACUGACAGUCAGACAACAUCAGCUUCAAGAUGCUCCAGGAUUCCAAAUUCAAAAUCUGGCUGGUCAAGACAGAUGGAGAAGAAGCCCUCAGAGGUUUUUCGAACCGAUCUAAUAACAGCUAUGAAGAUUCCAGAUUCAUACCAGCUGAGCCCAGAUGAGUACUACAUCCUUGCUGAUCCUUGGAGGCAAGAGUGGGAGAAAGGUGUUCAGGUGCCAGCAAAUAUAGAAGCAAUCCCGGAACCAAUUGUUAGGAUACUUCCUCUGCUAGAGCAUUCUUCACCACAGACCUCACCAAGCAACCUGUCCAGCUCUGAUAGUUUAGAUGUCACCAGAACGUUCUCCCAAAGAAAAAGUCGCUAUGAUUUGGAUGAAAUCGAUGCUUGUUGGCUGGAACUAUUCAACAUGGAACUCAAGGAAAUGGAAAAGCCAGAAAUGGAUGAAUUCACCUUGGAAAGAGUGCUAGAAGAGCUGGAGACACUGUGCUACGAGAAUAUGAACAUUGCCAUUGAAACAGAGGAAGGCCUUGGCAUAGAGUAUGACGAGGAUGUUGUGUGUGAUGUGUGUCGCUCGCCAGAAGGAGAGGACGGCAAUGAGAUGGUUUUCUGUGACAAAUGCAAUGUCUGUGUGCAUCAGGCUUGCUAUGGAAUCCUAAAGGUUCCCCUUGGAAACUGGCUUUGCCGAACCUGCGCCCUAGGAGUCCAGCCAAAGUGUUUACUCUGCCCAAGAAGAGGGGGAGCUCUAAAACCCACCCGAAGUGGGACUAAAUGGGUCCACGUUAGCUGUGCCUUAUGGAUACCUGAAGUUAGCAUUGGAUGUCCUGAAAAAAUGGAACCCAUUACAAAGAUUUCACAUAUCCCAGCAAGCAGAUGGGCUUUGUCUUGCAGUCUUUGCAAGGAAUGCACUGGAACAUGUAUUCAGUGCUCCAUGCCUUCGUGCAUCACAGCAUUCCAUGUCACAUGCGCCUUUGAACACAAUCUGGACAUGCGGACACUAUUAGCAGAGAACGAUGAAGUGAAGUUCAAGUCCUUCUGCCUGGAGCACAGCAGCGGUGCCACCAAGCCACCAGAUGACGCACGGAUGGAAGGAGACCAAAGCAAGCUAGAAAUGGAAAAGAUGACACUGAGGAAGCAGAAGCUCCAGCAGCUAGAAGAAGAUUUCUACGACCUCGUGAAGCCCUCUGAGGUGGCCGAGAACCUUGACCUGACUGAGUGGCUGGUUGAUUUUGUCUAUCAGUAUUGGAAGAUGAAAAGGAAAGCCAAUUGCAACAAGCCCCUGAUGACACUCAAAACCGAUGAAGUGGACAACUUAGCUCAGCAAGAGCAGGAUGUGCUGUACCGGCGCUUGAAGCUCUUCACACACCUCAGGCAGGAUCUUGAAAGGGUUAGAAAUCUUUGUUACAUGGUAACACGGCGAGAGAAAAUGAAGCACUCCAUUUGCAAACUCCAGGAACAGAUCUUCCAUCUCCAGAUGAAACUCAUUGAGAAGGACCUUUACCCAGAGCAAGCUGGGAGGAGAACAAAGGGAAGGCGAAGUGACCCAAAAAGAAGAGGAAGAGACGAUAGGAAAAGCAGUCCUGAGAAGAAAGAAAAAAGGAAAUCAGGAAAUGAGUUGGUACUAGGACAGCUGGGUUUGUCAUCUUCCUUUCCCAUUGAUGGGACGUUCUUCAACAGCUGGCUGGCUCAAUCUGUUCAGAUCACCACAGAGAAUAUGGCAAGGAGUGAGUGGUCCUUGAACAAUGGCCAUCAUGAAGACACCACUCCUGGCCUUUCUGAGGAGCUUUUACAGGAUGAAGAGACUCUCUUAAGUUUCAUGAUGGAUCACUCCUUGAAAGCUCCACUGAAGCAGAGUGACACAACUAAGAAAGGAAGAAGCAAAAUGCGAACACACACUAGGAAAAAAUCUACACGAAAUGGCUUGAAUGCCAUAUGUAAGAGACAUCAAGAAGAUGAUUCAACUCAGUGGACUAGUGUAAAUCAUUCGCCAGAAAACACCACAAAAUCCCAUGAUUUCAGAAACAACAAAGCUGAGAAAAGUGUGGACAGACUCCAGCAAGAGCGUAGAACGAUGUGUGAAGUGAAAAAGACAGCUAAGAAGAGCUCUUUGCAUCCAGCAUCUCCUCUUCCAAAAGGAGAUGAUUCUCAAGCAUCAUCCCAGAGCAUCAUGAGUAAAAUAAGUGAUGAUGAGGAACCAGUGAGAUACGUCCCUUCUGAUCCCAACACCCUGCUUAAAGUGCCUGAUUCAGUGGGUAGUCUGAAAACAGUGGUGAGGUUCAAAUUACCAAAAGAGGGCAGAGGGACUCGGCGAUCACAGAGUGAGAAGCCUGAGAUGGUUAAUGGACCUUCUGGAAGUGACAGAUCAAGAGUUUUCAUACACCGGUUUGACAAUGAAACUGAUGGCUACUUCUCAGAUGCAGAAAUGAGUGACUCUGAUUCUGAAUCAGGCAGUGGCAGAGGGCAUCAUAGCCAGUUAGAGUCAGGAAAUGAGGAUAAUUUCCGAAUGAGUAUCUUGGCAUCCUAAUGCACCACAUAGACCAAACAUGAACGAGAGCUCUGUGAGGCCUAAAUCCAGUUAUAACUGCCAUGUCCAAUUUCCGCCUGGUAUCAUAACAGAGGGUUUGAGUUUUUUGUUUGUUUGUUUGGAUUUUUUUGUUUUUAAUUUGUAUAUAUAGUUCAGAAAUGAGCACUGUUGUUUUUCCUCUUCUCUGUAUGCCUGAGAAACAGCUCCAAGCUUCACUGACCUAGACUUGUAUACUGUAACAGUAGUUGGCCCUUCUUAGUCAAAUCCUACAUAUCCUGGUUAACAAAAUGCAAGCAUGUGCAUUAUUAGGGACCUUAGGCUUGCUGGUAGUCAGCAGGACAUCCUAGAAUUUCAGUGAGGAAGCCUGGUAUUCCCAAUACCUGUUGUUCAUGCAAGGAAUAACAGUUUUAUGGGCAUUAUUUAAAUUAAGCAAAUAGAUUCUGUGUUCUGCCUGGUGUUACUGCCACUGUUUGGUGGCGUGGAGAAUGGGAGUACUGCUACGGUAGCCAAUAAUAUACACAGAUCUUAAUGAGAAAGUAAAUAUAUAUGUUUGUGUGUGCAUGUAUGUCAGUGUGUGUGCAACUAUGAAGUAAAAUAAGCGACUAUUUUUAAAGAAGCACAACAAGCUUAUUUGAAGAAAGCACUUAAUGGGUGGAGAAAUACAACAGUGUAUUUGUGGUCUACUAAAUCCUUGAUUUUUCUUUCUUACCUCUCUGGUUUAAUCAAAGUCCGUCCAAGGGGCUGAGAAGCAAGAUUUAGCCCUGUCACUCCAGCUAUCUGCUGAGCAGCCCUAUAAAUAUUCAUCCAAGGUUCGCCGUAGAUAGAAGAAAUCACAUAUCUUUGUUAAAGCUGCUCUGCUUUCUAAUCGGUAUCUCCCCUGAGUAACUGGGGGUCUUACUUACUGUUGAAACCUAAGGUUUUGGCUACCUGAAGCAGUUUUUGCAAUUUCCUCAGGUUGUUUACAGUAGCCUUGUACUAAAACACUUGGGCCCACAUAGAGAACAGAGGAAGAAGAAGGAAAUUAUUCAAACUUGUGUUUUUCAAAUAGUAAUAAUAAUCCAAUAGCUUCAGUUCCUAACCUUGUAAAGGAGGUCAGGUUUUUACUUCCAGCAUAAAGAGGCAAUGUAUGGCUCAGCUGGAGCUAAUCAUAUAUGCUUCCUGUAUAUGGAAGGGAUCAUUCAGUUGUAGACUUACCAUUGAAACAUAAUUGAGGAAUUUAUCUCUUUCCAUUUUUUUCCUAGAGUCUAUAACUAAAUUGAUGGCUUCUGCCCUUUCUAUACUUCCAAGUGAAAUCUUGAAAGCAAGCUGCUGCCCCAUCAUAAGAUGGUGAUUUAAGGGAGUGGGCAUCUAAAAAUUUCAAUAGUGUUGUCCAUCAGUUGUCUCUAAUAAGCCUUAAGUGUUGUUCAAAAACUCAUCAUGUUACCUGUGAGUCAUGCAGAUUUCCAUGUUUGCACUCAAUGAUACCAUUACUCCCAAUUUUGACUUCAAAGGUCACCGUUAAAAGUUUUCUACAUGCUUUAUGGGAGUGACCCCAGUGUGAGCUCAGGGAACACAAACAAAAAGGAAAGUGAAGUUCACUAAAACCUUUUGUUGUUGGUAUGCUACUUUAAAUAUGUGUGUGUGUAUGUUUGUGUACGUAUAUAUACACUGGGACACUUCCGCUUGUUAACCCAUCUCUUUUAAACUGGGGGAGACGAAGACUUUGCAGUUGUUCAGAUGAAUCAGUGAAAUUAUUUUAUGGAUGCCAAAGAAUAUUUUGAGAAUACAAUAGCACAGCCAGAAACUUGUUAUUUGAAAACAAACACAAGAAUGAAAGCUGUUCAGCUACAAAAGGACUCAAUCCGUGCUCAUGACACAGCUAAGGCAUUCGGUUGCAAGCUUGCUGAAGACGAUGCUUUCAUUGUUUGGACCAUCUCCCACUGUUUGAUUUCUGAUGUUCUUUGCUCAUUCUAGUCUGGGCAAUGUUGGUUUUAUUUUUCUCUGAUGCUAUACAUUAGCUGUUCUUGGAGGGUUGUUUUUUUUAGAGAGAUGGAGAAAGAAGUCAUUUUCAAGCCUUCCAACAUGCUCAAUAUCCCUCCAGUUGAGUUACAAUUUGAAGAAUAUUUAAUUGGAAAAGAAACCAAAGGCAAGAGCCAAACAAACACCAGUGUUUCGCUGAUUUCAAAUGGUUUUUUCAGAAGCACUGGUGAAAUGGAACACAAUUUGACCUUAGCCUGUGUUUCGGCAAGUAAAUUUUGCUCCUUAACCAAGGCUUGAUAUGCUCAGAUAAUGUUAAAUACAGUAAAUAGGACUUAGUUUUAUCUUAUCAAGCUUGCUAGGCUUUAGCUACAAUAUCCUAGUUAUGUCAUACAAAUAAUCAAUAUGCUGCCUUUUAAUGGAGCUUGCUUCCGUGUGCUUCAGUUCAACUAUAGCUAUGAAAAAAGCAGAAAAAAAAUCCAGAAAUCUCACUGUACACAGUUUCAUUCAUCAGCUACUGCAUUACUUGCCUGCUCAUUCACUACAGGACAGAUAAAGGGACAACCUUUAAAGAGCAACCAAACUUAAGCAGCACCUGUUUCUGCAUUUGGAUUCUGUAUAGAACUGUGAGAUACUCCAUUGUUACUGUGAAUGAGAAGUAACUGUGAACCAAAAACCAAAAAAGAAAAGAAUAUAAGAAGACAAAUUACUUCACCUUGUGCUAGGAUCUACAGUGCAUUGACAGCAUUCUCUGCACAAAAUGUUCUUUAUACACUAUGGGAUUAUAUCUCUGGGCUUUCCCUCAGAAUUAGAGAGAAUAGGUUAGGCUCUGCUUGUGCGGGAUUCCAUACAGCCCAAUGAAGUCUGGGUCAUAAUCCCUUGCUAUAUAAUUACAAUGUUGUAGCUAUCGUGAUUUUGCAAUUUAGCAAUAAAGGGGGACACAUUGGACAUGGUUGUGCAGAAGGAAAAAAUGACAAAAAGAGAAAAAGCAAUUCUUUUAAGAUUGUUAUGAGUUUUCCAGGCUGUAAUUCAAAAUAUUAUUUUGGAAUUACUAGAAUUUCAACUGUUCCUAAACAGAUUAGAUACAGAACUGAUUGUAUCCAGUGGUGACCUUCUG